AACACCCUAAGCUCCAACGUCUCUUUACAACGGCGACAUUCAAAUUUCAAAUUUCUAAACCCUAAAAAAAGCAACGAACAAAGAGCCACUCAAAUUCCACUUUCUUUAAAAGAUCAUUACCCUUACCCUCUCCCCCUUCAAUUUCAAAUUUCACCCCCUUCAUUUUCCCCCUCUGCAAAUUCUUCUUCUCACUUUCACCAUGGCCAUGGCUCUCAGACCCAUUGAUAAUGCUCUUCCAGUUACACCAGAAAGGCCGAAGAAGCAAGCCAAAGUUGUGGUUCCAAUCCAGAAGGGUAACGAUGAGAAUCAAGCUCCACUUCCUCCUUCUGCAGAUGCCACCAUUGAUUAUGUUUCUUCUGAAAAUCUCAAGCCAUUGACGGACCCUGAUUCUAAUAAUUUCAUCGAAGGGUUAGAUUCGAAGGAUUGGGUGAAGGUCUGUGAAACGCUCAAUAAUGCUAGGCGUCUCGCGAUUUUUCAUUCUGACCUUUUGCUUCCCUCAUUAGAGAAAGUUAUGGUGGUUUUGAUGAAGUCAAUGAAGAACCCUAGAAGUGCUCUAAUUAAAACCUCGAUCAUGGCUUCCGCUGACAUUUUUAAUGCGUUUGGUGAUCGGUUACUCGAUACAUCCACUAGCAACGCGUUUGAUCAAUUGCUGCUCCAAUUACUUCUCAAAGCUUCUCAAGACAAGAAGUUUGUAUGUGAAGAAGCAGACAAGGCACUGAAAGCUCUAGUGCAAUCCAUGACUCCUCUGCCUCUGCUGCAGAAACUUCGCCCAUAUGUUUCUCAUUCUAACCUUAGAGUCAGAGCCAAAGCCGCCAUUCCAAUUUCUAACUGUGUCUCUAAGAUGGGUCUGGAAGAAAUGAACCAAUAUGGGUUUGUUCCAUUGCUUCAAAUGGCUUCAGAUUUGUUAAACGAUAGGCUACCUGAAGCAAGGGAAGCGGCUCGGAGCAUCGUGAUGGGAAUGUUCAAAGCAUACACAGAGAACGAGGAAGAUAAACAGGAGGCUUGGCAAAGCUUUUGCCAAGCUAAUUUAUCCCCAAUUCACUCUCAGUCCCUGCUCAAAGUUGUUACCUCCUCUCAAUAGCAAUGGUGUUGUUGGAUAUAAAUGUAGAGGUCGGGGUAGUAGAUUGUAGUGCUGCUGGACUUGGCAGAGCUUUAGAAUUUUAAAGUCUUUUUCAAUGUUUGCAAAUUUGUGUGUGUUCAGAAAACGCUUUUACUUAUCUAGAUGAUGAUGAGUUCUUACUUCUACGCGUCUAAAUGCUACUGCUUCCAUAGAAAUCCGUUCUGUAGACAGUUUUUCUUGAUCUCUUCUUUCCGUUCACCUUUUUGGUGAGGAAGAGUGAAGACAUUAAUACAAGUUGUUGGUCCA